CACACGGAAAUGCUGGAGCGCGCACUCAGCCAGAACUAGUAGAAAAUUGUUUCCGUUUUUAUGGUAUUUACAGAUUUCUUAAGAUUUAAUAAGUUGAUCUCUCUCCCCAAUUUAUUCAUUUCUGAACUUGCCAAAAAUGAAGUAGUUUUUACUCGUAAGGAUGUAAUGAUGGCGCUGACAGAAGAGUGUCAGUGAUCAGGAAGUGGAGUUUCUCUUGUGCGUUCAGAGCUGAGGCUAAACUCGUAAAAUAAAGGACGAUGAUUAUAGAAGUGGCAAUGUCGACCACUGCAACGCAUGUAGAUUUCUACAUUGGACUGGGACUGGCAAUCAGUUCCAGUAUUUUUAUUGGUGGAAGUUUCAUACUAAAGAAGAAAGGUCUUUUGAGAUUAGCCUGCAAAGGUUCAAUGCGAGCAGGGCAGGGUGGACAUGCAUACCUUAAAGAAUGGCUGUGGUGGGCUGGUCUUCUUUCAAUGGGCGCAGGAGAAGCUGCUAAUUUUGCUGCUUAUGCAUUUGCUCCGGCCACACUUGUAACUCCUUUAGGGGCUCUGAGUGUCUUAGUAAGUGCUGUGCUGUCUUCCUAUUUUUUAAAUGAGCGCCUAAAUAUACAUGGCAAAAUUGGUUGUGUGCUUUGCAUUUUGGGAUCAACUGUUAUGGUAUUUCAUGCCCCUCAAGAAGAAGAAGUAGAUUCCUUAAGCAUCAUGGCAGAAAAACUAAAGGAUCCAGGAUUUGUGGUCUUUGCUGUAGCAGUGGUAGUCAGCAGCUUAAUACUCAUAUUCUGCAUUGCACCAAACUAUGGCCAGAAGAAUGUUCUUGUAUAUGUACUGAUUUGCUCUAUUAUUGGCUCACUUUCAGUUUCUUGUGUGAAAGGGCUGGGCAUUGGAAUCAAACAGUGGUUUGCUGGCACUCUUGUAUUGAAGGACCCCCUCUUCUGGGUACUAUUAAUUUGCCUUGUGAUAUGUAUUAGUACACAGAUCAAUUACCUGAACAAAGCCUUGGACAUCUUCAAUACUUCUAUCGUCACGCCCAUCUACUAUGUAUUUUUUACAACGGCUGUAAUGGCUUGUUCUGCUAUUCUCUUUAAAGAAUGGUACAGUAUGUCAGCUGACAGCAUCAUAGGCACCAUCAGUGGUUUUCUAACUAUUAUUUUGGGCAUUUUUCUUCUAAAUGCAUUCAAAGAUAUAACAUUUACUUGGGACACUUUACCACUUUUCUUAAGAGGAGGUUAUAAAGGUCAGCAAUGGGAACAGCACUAUGUUGCUCUGCCACAGACAACAGAAACUGAAGAGCUUCUGAGUGAAGGAGCUAAAAAGGCACAUGCCCUUGAUAAAUCAAUCAGAAGAAAUGGCAAUGUUUCAGUAGCAUAAGACUAAAACAAAAGUGCUGAGGUACAUUCCUUAUGUGUGGUAUCCUUUGGAACCAUAAUGUUGUGCCACAACCUUUUUUUUUUUUUUUUUGCACAGUUGAAGUUUUUAUGUAUCAAAAAGAACUUUCUUCAAACCAACUCCCAAUUCGUAAAUUAUAUCAAUUAUGAAAUAACUGCAGGUUCAUGUGAACAAACACCAGUUCAGCUGAAAAAGCCCCAUAAAAGAAACAAUCACUUCUUUUAAUGUUUAAGAAGGAACUUGUUGAUGUUGUCAUGUGCUUAAAAUGAUGGAUUUUAUUCUAGGGUUGAUAUUGGUCUUGCACAUUCCUUUUGCACUGCUUGGAACAUUAAUAACUAAGAAAACUUAGUAUAUAUUGAUACUUGAUGAAUACAUUUUCGAUACAUUUAUAUAUAUAUAUAUAUAUAAAAAAAAAUCUUGGUGCUUAAUUUCCAAAAAAACGUUUACUUUUGAAAGAGGAAAACUAAUAUCAUUUAUAUUCUGUUUGCCUAAUGUAAUGCUAAUCAUAUAUUUCACAGCUAACUGUACCUCAGAUGUGGAUUCAUGUUAACCAAAAAAAUACUAAGUAUCUAAAUAUCAAAAAAUAGACUGUUCAUUUAGUACACAAAUACAUCAAUCCUAUUAUUUUUGCAUUCUGAAUUUGUUUUUGAACAAAGUGCAUUUAAAACCUGCUAUUACGUAGUUUUCAUUACAUAUUCCCAUUCAAUAACAAGUAAUAAAAAGAGUAUAAUUCUUCUAAGCAGUCCCAGUUUGUAAGUUGUUCUUCUUGGCUUUAUUAGUGCAUAAUGAGCAAUACUUACAGGAAGACAUCGUGAUUUUUUUUUUUUUAAUUUGGUAUCAGCUCAGAUUUAUUCAAAUUUUGGAUCAGUGCACCUAUCCGAGGGAGGUCAUUCUUAAUUCUUUAAAAUUAAUGUUUUAAAUAAAAU